AUGAGUUUCGAAGAUGAUGAUAUGCCGCCUGACCUGGUCGAGGCUGGCAAUGAGGUUCCAGAGGAGGAGAAGCCCGUCAAAGUGCCUAUCUCCAUUGUGACUGGUACGUCAAACCUGGAAAAGCACCAGGCUAGCUGGCAGAUCACUGACUCCACGCCAGGUUAUCUUGGGGCAGGCAAGACGACUCUGCUCAAUUACAUCCUGACAGCAGAACAUGGCAAGAAAAUUGCCGUCAUUAUGAAUGAAUUCGGAGACUCUUUGGACAUUGAGAAGUCCUUGACAAUCAACAAGGACGGUGAGUCAGUGGAGGAGUGGAUGGAGGUUGGAAACGGCUGUAUAUGCUGCUCAGUAAAGGAUACGGGCGUGAACGCGAUAGAGUCGUUGAUGGAGAAGAAGGGAAAGUUUGACUAUAUCCUUCUGGAGACCACUGGGCUCGCAGAUCCUGGAAACCUUGCGCCACUCUUCUGGAUGGAUGAUGGGCUUGGGAGCACUAUCUACCUCGAUGGCAUUGUCACUCUUGUCGACGCCAAGAACAUCCUGCGUAGUCUGGACGACCCGGCGGGCAAAGUCGAGGGCCACGAGGAAGGGGAUGAGCACGGGCCAGUGAUGACGACAGCUCACGUCCAGAUUUCGCAUGCCGAUGUCAUCGUCAUCAACAAAGCCGACCUGGUAGAUGAGCAAGAGCUACGCCGUGUACGGGAGAGGAUAGAGUCCAUCAACGGACUUGCCAAGAUCCACGUUACGAACCAGAGCGUUGUUCCGCAGCUGGAGGGUGUUUUGCUAGACCUGCAUGCGUACGACAAUGUGGAAGAGCUGGAUCAGGCGAGCAAAGGCCAUAGCCAUCUUGACGCGACAAUCUCGACAACAUCAAUACCUCUGGGUAUACUUGAGGAUGGUGACAUUGCCAAGGUUGACGAAUGGUUGAGGUCAGUGCUGUGGGACAAUCAGCUUCCACACGACCAGGGCAGUCACUCAUCGACCUUGGAGAUCCACCGGCUCAAAGGCCGGCUAGCCUUGGCAAACGGCGACAUCAAGAUAGUGCAAGGGGUACGAGAGCUCUUUGAGAUAUUCGAUGCACCAACUCAAAGAGAAGAAGGGCAGGAGCAGGAGAAGGAGACAUCAGAAUCAAAGGCAUCCAAGAUGGUGAUCAUCGGCAGGCACCUGGAGGACUUCGACUUGAAAGGCAGUCUUUUGCAAACACUGAAUAGACGAUGA